AUGAUUCGUCAAGGUGUUGUCCUAGUGUUUUUAAUAAUCGCCACCUCGGCGACCGCGAAACCCCCGCCGAUGAAAGGAGGUCCACCCCCCUGGGUGGGAAAACCAGCAUCACCCUGGGCAGCUUACGGUGCCGCCAAGUCAUCACCAUUCGGUACUCCCGGAGAUGAUUCAUCAUUUGCCUCUUUUGGAUCCCCAGCCCCAUAUCCUCCCUUUGGAGCUCCAGUUUACCCUCCAUUCGGUGCUCCAUACGCUCCAUUCGGAGGAAAAUCAGCAUACGCUAGAUCAUUGGGCCCAGCGGUGGCCCCGGGGAUGAGCACGAUAACGAUCCCCUACACACCCAAAGCCUCGCCGUUCUUUCCAAAAUUUGUGGAUCCCCAGGCGAUGAUUUCAAAGAAGACAGACAUGUUGGCAAAUCUUUUCGGAGGUCUUGGGCCAGUGGUCCCCGCAGGGCCCACCAAACCCUUCCUUUACGCCAGUGACACUAAGGACACGUCAGACUUGAAAGCCAUCCUCGGCGAGGAUAAGACCUCCGGUGAAUUGAAACGCGGAAUUUUCGGUCCCCCGGGAGUCACUUACGGUCCGUUUGCUUCCAAAUUCGGCCCUUUCGGCCCAAUCUCUGGAGUCAACCCUGUGGGUAGUUCAGAGGACCUUGAGGAAUCAUCUCGAAGAAGACGUGCAAUUCUUGGAGUUGCUCCGGAGACACCGAAAAAUGUGGGACCACCUCCACCGUAUCCAGGUCUCACCUCCAUCCCUGAGGAACCAGAAACCGAUUCCUCUGGAGUCCCGAAGCAAUAUCUUCCAGGAAUGUUCGGACCAUUCGGUCCAUUCGGUCUAGGACCCGUAGUAGAUCCUAGCGUCUACAUGACGAAGAAAACGGCCUUCCUGAACUCUCUCUUCAGCAGUUUAGCGACAAGUACUCCAGCACCUCCAGGAGCAGUGGUAGACCCAACAGCCCCGAAGAGCACAAUUGUUCCUCCAAAUUUCUGGUUACCGUUCGCCGCUCCAACGGAAUCACUCCCUGAGUCAUUCCCCACCACCGAAAUUCCAAUCGCCAAGAGUACGAUCGUCCCCGGGGACUUCUGGCUACCCAGUGCCAUCAUCCCCGGUCCCACAGAAUACACGGACAAGGUCUCCACAUUUCUGGAGAAACUCUUCGACAGUCUGAAAUUAAACAAAAGCCUCUCAUCCCCUGAUCCCCUCGACAACUCCCUCACACCAAAAACUGUUGUCGCCAGAUCUGUCGAGGAUCUUCAGACGAUCACAACCGCCAAGGACGCAAUCGUCGACUCGAUCAUGGGAGAGCUCGGCUCCAUAAAGACUGAUAUGUUCAAUACCCUGAACGAUGCGAUCCUGGCGCAGAAAGCAGCUGGUGUUUCUGGAAAACCAGGAAAACCUGGAAAGCCUGGAAAGCCUCUGUCCCCAUGGGCCGCGAUGUUCGCACCACCGACUGUCGAUCCUACCCUUCCCUUCAAGCAGAAGAUGCUGACACUCAGUCAACUAUUCGACAUGCUCACGGCAAUGCAGAAGAACAUCACCCAGGCCAUCCAGGAGACCAUAAAAACAGCAUCAGCCACUGAAGCACCAGUUGCACUACCUGAAACCAGUGGAAGUGUUAUGACAUUUAACACGACUCUUCUGGACGCCAUCAAGAGGAAAUUGGAUGGCUUGGAGAAGACUCCUCUCCCAGGAGAUGUUCAGUCCUUCCCUGGGUACUGGGCUGCUUAUCCUGGGAGUUAUCCCUCCAGUGCUGUCAAAAGGAACGUUGACGAGGGAGAUUAUGAAAAUAGGCAGGGGAAAAGGGCUGUUCAGAUGUCCAUGCAUCAGGGAUACCAGAGCAUGCCACCUGGAGCUGUUGAAACCGUUCAGGCUGGGGGUGGAUCGACUCCUGGACAGCAGGGAGGCGGUAUCAAGCUCUUUAUUCAUAUGCCUCCAGCAGGUUCACCGGGGUAUAAAAGUGAAUCUCAGGGGAAUGAAUACGAGGACUGGGGGAAGCAGUGGGCCCAAUGGGCUGAAAAUUUCAAGAGCCAGCAAGGCGAACGCAGACAUCAUCACAGCCAUCAUUAAGGGAGGAAACUUCUUCAUAGAUUCGACAAAAUGGAUAAACCCUAAACUAGCGAAGUACAGCAUAAUUUCGAAUUAAAUUAAUUGAUACCAUGUAAAUCUCGUGAGGUAUCUCACCAAUAAAAAAUCGUUGGCAUUCGAAUGAA